AUGAUCAAAAUAUUUCAUCGACAGCUUAAAGCUGCGUUGUCUGCUUCUGCUGAUUCAUCUCGAUGGAUUGAAUUUCUUCCUAUUGUCCUCUCGGGACUCCGCUCUUCUAUCAAAGAAGAUAUUGGAUAUUCUCCUGCAGAAUUACUUUAUCGUUUUUCCUUGACGCUGCCUGGUCAGAUGAUUGUUCUUGCAAACACGCAAGAGAUCGACACUACAAAUUUCGUUGAAUGUUUGCGUGAUUAUAUGUCAAAGUUACCACAUAUGAACAUCAGAAAACAAGACAUUAAAACAUAUUUGCCUAAGGACUAUUCUUCCUGGACUCAUGCUUUUGUUCGCAACGAUGCCGUUAAACAUCCGUUAGCAGCACCGUAUUCAGGAGCCUUUCGUGUGCUUUCUUGUACAGAUGAAGUUUUCACCUUAGACCUUAACGGUCGUAAAGACACUAUUUCUGUUGAUAGACUAAAAGGGGCUCACAUUGAAAACACUAUUUUCAACCCCACUACAGACAACACACAUACAGCAUUACAAAUGGGCCCUUUACACACUUCACAAACUCUGACUACUAAAAGCGGUAGACGCGUGCAUUGGCCCAAGAAUUUAACAAACAUUUAUUACAUUUGA